AUGCGUUGCGCUUCCCAUAGGACGAGGCUUCUCUUAUGUCAAUUACCUGCUGCUUCUAGUCGAUGCAUAGCCACACACAUAUCUGAUAGUAACAACAGCGAUAAAUGUGUUAGUGAAGAUGUAGUGACGCCGUGGAAUGUUUCUGCUGCGGGUCCAAAAGGCAUUGACUACGAUCGUGUGCUUACGCGUUUCAAGUCGGAACCUGUCGAUCAAUCAAUACUGCAACAACUUCAUGACACCUGUAAUGAGGGAUUGCAGAUGAGAAGAGUGCAGAAUAAUAAUAAUAAUACUCUUAAAACAGAGGAGGAGGAGGAGCAACAACAGGAGCAAAAACCGCUACAUCAUUUUUUUCAUCGUGGUAUCGUCUUUUCACAUCGUGACUUUGGUAAAGCUCUUGAUUGUGUUCGUCUGGGAAUGUCAACAGGAACACCACGUGCGUAUUUAUACACUGGACGUGGUCCAAGUGCGCGUUCUAUGCAUGUUGGACAUGUGAUUCCAUUUCUAUUAACAAAAUACCUACAAGAUGCUCUUGGACUUCCAACAGUGAUUCAAAUUACAGACGAUGAAAAAUACUUUUUCCGUGAUAUCCCUGUUGGUGGUGAUAUGGUGAUGGAGAAUAUAAAAGAUAUUAUCGCUUUUGGUUUUGACCCACGUAAAACCUUUAUAUUCUGUAAUACUACCUAUAUGGGAAGUAUGUAUCCUACGGUGGUGAAGGUGCAGCGUAUGUUGACAUUAAGUGCGGUGAAGAAUACAUUUGGACUUCGGGAUAGUGAUAAUGUAGGGAAAGCGGCAUUUCCCGCUAUUCAGGCAGCUCCAUGUUUUAGUAGUGCCUUCCCUCAUGUAUUGCAACCGCAAACAGAAGAGAAGAAAAAGAAAAAGGCUCAUCCACUACAAUGUAUUGUACCCUGCGCUAUUGAUCAAGAUCCCUUCUUUGUAUUAACUCGUGGUGUGGCCUCACGAAUGAAGUGUCAAGCUCCUGCUUUACUGCAUACGAAAUUUCUUCCCGCCCUCAAAGGAAUGACAUUUAAAAUGAGUAGUAGUGCGGAGAUGAAUGGUGUUAUUACACUUCAUGACACAAAAGAACAGGUAUGUAAAAAAAUGCGUAGAGCUUUUUCAGGAGGAGGCGGUACACUUGCAGACAUGCAGACAAAAGGAGUAGACCUGGACGCGGAUGUGGCCUAUCAAUUCAUCCGUUUCUUUUCCCCUGAUGAUAAACUCUUUGAAGAAGUCACAACAAAGUAUAGUGCGGGUGAAAUGAAUAGUGCGCAGGUGAAGGAUAUGGCGGCUGAUGUUGUGAUGCGGCACGUGUUGUCUGAAUGGCAACAGCGGCGAUCGACGAUCACAGACGCGGAUGUGGAGCACUUUUGUAGUGUUCGCAACAUUCUACUAUAA